AUGGGUUUUAAAAUCAAAUCGUUCAAGUAUGUACUUUUGCCUAUUUUUAUGAUAUCAGUUAUAAAGAUAGUCUUGUUUUAUUUUGUUGCCUAUGGUAUUACUAAUAUUGUGCUGAACUAUAAAAAUUAUAUUUACAUUAGUGAUGAGAGUAUACAGCAAUUAACAAUAGAAGCAGGAGAUUAAAUAGAAACUUUUUUCAAUCGCCACUAUAAUACUUUAUUUCAAAUAAAAAAUAAGGCUGAGAAUAUUGCUAUUUAAAAUUAUAAAUAAAGUCCUACUUCUUUGUAGACCUACACUUCCAAUGUUUUGGAUGUAGAUAAUAAUGGACCUACUAUUAUUUUAGGAUAUAAUUAGAGUACAUAGUAGUCAGUAAAAGCUUUUUUAUGGUGCAGUAGUGCAUCUCAAACUGAUAUAUAAAUUAGCUAAUUAAAUCCUUAACAAUAGUAACAAGUAACUAAUAAUUAUUUAAGAAUAUUUGAGUUGAUAAGACCUGUAUAUGUUGGCUAUUAGGCAUUUAUAAGUGAUAUUAUUAUUUAUUCUGAGUUUACAAAAAUGUAUAUGCGUUUUCCUGCCAAAAAAGGCAAUUAAUUUAGUGGGAAUGCAGGUUAUGAUUUUAGCAAAACUCCUUACUAUUAAAAUGUUAAAUCAAAUUACCUAAAUAAUAAUAAAGAUCUCACUUUUAUUUCUUUUUCAUCAUAAACAUAGGAGGCUCAAUACCUAUGUAUAGUGAUAGAAAUCGAUAUACAAUGUUAAAAUAAUUUUUGUGGUACUGCAUGUAUCAUUCUUAAAUAAAAUUUUAAUGAAUUUCAAAGAUGGGUAAUGUAUUAAUAAAAGAUAUAUUAAAAUUUAGAUAAGCUAUUUAUUAUAUUAAGAGCUAGCUAAAUUAUUUUCACUUCACCUACUUUGCCAAACUCAACUAGCUCCUAAUUACUUCCUCUUUCUUAGGAAAUAAACACAAUUGUAACAAAUUAUAAUACAAUGAGAGGAAGUCUCCUCAUUAAUUAAACUGAAGAUGCAUGGAUAGCAUGUGAUUCAGUUAAUAUAAAUUACCAGUCUAACUAACUAGGUUACAUUACCUUAUGUUCGAUUUCUUCGAAAAAACAAAUAAAAACACCAUUUAAUAACUUUUCAGAUAAAGAAUUUACUUAUAUGUAUGAAUACCCUACCUACAUCUACAUUUUCAAUCUGGUACUAGCAUACAUAAUUAUUUAUCGAACCUUUUUAAAUUUUAUAAACCCUCUAAAGGACUGCAAGAGCAAAAUAAAAAUGAUAUGCGAAGAUAAUUUGGAAUUAACUAUACCGAUUAAUACUAAAUAUUCAAUCAAAGAAGUCAAAGAGUUUUAUGAUUCUUUAAGUUUUUUAUAUGACUGCCUUAGGUUUUCGAUGGAUAAAUACUAUAAAAAUGAAGAAGACUCUGUCAAACUUAUAAGGCUCUGUAGUGCUCUUAAACAUUUUUAAAAAUUAAACUAUCUAAAAGGCAUUAUUAUUGCAAAUAAUAACAUUGGACUUAUUCAUAUCCAAAAUCAAAGAUACAAAUAAGCAAUUAUUUCAUUCAAGAAAUCUCUUGAAAUUGUUGAAGAUAAGAUGAUUUAGUUGAUAGGUGGAUAUCCCUUAGAGUAGUUUUAUAAUGUGAAACCUGAAAAAGGGUGGAAAUAUUUAGCAGAAGAUAAAAAUGAAGAGUUGAUGCAGGAAAAUGGGGAGUUAAUCAUUGAUCUUGAGAAUAUCCCUGAGAGUAUUAUGAAAUGCGAUACUGUUGAGAGUUUUUUCGAUCAAAUACUUAAUAGAGACUAAAUAUAGCAUCCAAAGAAAAAGGAUAACAAAAAUGAUAAGCACUCUGGAGAAUCUUCAUACAAUACAAUGAAAAUUGACAGAUAGUAUUCAAUGAUGAAAAAUAACAAUAGAUAAAAAUUUGAAAUAUUUAAUGGUAUUCCUUCCAAACCUUACUCUACACCUAUAAAAGCCAUUUAAAUGCAAUAAUUUAAUAUCUUAAAACCUAAAAAUAUUUAAAAUACGAAAAUAAAGAUUUCUAAGAAAAAUUAUAACAUAUUGAAACAAAAGCUAGAGCCUAUAUAUAUAGACAGAUGUAAUUAAUUAGCAAAUGCCUAUUGUAUUUAUGCCUUUGAUAUAAAAAAAACUGAUAGAAAAUAAGCCAAAAGAUUGGCUGAAAAAGCUAUUGAAAAAUAUAAAAUUGUUUCAAGAUUAUUCAAAAACAUUGAACCUGUGCCUGAUAUUCUUAAAAGACACUUCAUAGUUAUUAUUAGGCUUAUUUCUUUGUAUUUAGAAUGCGCAGAUUUUAACAAGUUCGUAGAUAGGACUCCCGAUUUAGGUGAGACAGAGUUUAACAAAUCAUAUGACGCAUAUAAUGAAGCCUAAAAAAUACUUUAAUAAUAUGAGUAAAUGGGAGGAAAUCAAGGCAAUAAAGAUAUUUUAAAUUAAGUUCACCACUUUUAUAUAUUUCUUUACCUUAAAGGUGCAGGACUAUAUUCAGAUGCUUAUGAAUAUUUUUAAAAGUGUAUCAAAAAAUAUAAAUAUUAUGAUCCUGCUAUUAGAUACAGCUAUUUGACUCAUGUAAAGCAAAUAUUAGAAAAAUUCUACCCUAAAAUGCCUAAAUCUCUAAUUGACAUGAUACAAGGAUUCAAGGUUCGUAAGAAUAAAGAUAUAGCAUUUGUGAUAAAUUUUAGCCAAUAAGUGGAAUUAAAAAAGAAAAAAAAGAAGAAAUAAUUUUAAAACGCUAGAGAAAUGAUAGCUCAGGUUUUUUGGAAAAUUUAUGAUAGUUAUAUUGAAGCAAAUGAUAGGAUGGCUUGUAUUUUAAUGAGAAAGCAAAUUGAUGUUAUUUUUGAGUUGAAGUAUAAGCAUAAUAAUGAAAAGUAUUUUAGGUCAUCAAUGGAAUAAAAUUUAACAAUUAAUGAAAAUCCUCAAGCUCAAGAUAAAAAGAAAAUUAAUGAAGAAUCAGAUUUAAAUUUAAAAAGUAAAGAAAAUUAUAUAGACUAAGAAGCUUAAAAUUUAACAGAAAGUGGCAAAAACGAUACUUCUGAAUAGCCAACAUUCAGAAAAUUGUGCAGGAGUAUAUACACUGCUCGUAAGCUUUUUUACAAAGUAGAAGAUAGAAAAAAUUUAAAAUGGAUAGUUGUUCUUACGGAUAACUUAGAUAAUACCAUUGAAAGUGAUUCAUAAAAAUAAAAAUAUUGCAGACUACUAAAAAAGAGCUUGGAACAAAGUAUGAACACCUAAAAAAAUGAAAACGAAGAAUAAACUGAUUUAGUUAAUUUGAUGAUUAUUGGUUUAGAUUUGGAUCAAAACACAAAAAUGCUCUUUAAACCUCUGUGCUAAGUAACUCAAGAGGGGAUAUUUAUUGAAGACUGCAAUAUUGAUGAUAUUAAUAUAGCUUUCUAAUCAAUAAGUAAUAUAUCUCAUUUGUUUGGUGGAGCAGCAGGCUCAACAGGUGUAUCUAUUAAAGAUUUUUAAAAAGAAAAAUUCAGAGAAAGUUAAAUAAGUGAUGAAAUUUUUGAGGUUGAAGAAAAACUUAAGCCAUGA